AUGUCGGCCUUCCACUCCACCGCCUUAUCGCGCCCGAGCCUCGGCCAUCGCUCCAUCUCGGAACAGGCGCCUCUCUACGACCCCUCCAGCACUGCGCACGCCGGCUCGCGUCUCCGCGGCUCCAAAGCCACCAGCGGCUCCGUCACCAAGACCGGCUCUCAUCUGCCCUUCUCUCCCCUGCUUCCCCUCCCUCCCGUCGUGGACAUCAAGCUCCACGAAGCCGAACGGGAGCUCGCCGAUGACGAGCAAGCAGAAAACUGUGCACCCAACAUGUUCCCAGGACACAACCGUCCGUCAGUCGGCCCCAGUGCCCUCGCCACCCGCCGCCAAGCGCGUCGAGGCGUGUCCGAGGGCUUCGCCGCUUUGCAUCCGCACCAGCUCGCUGGCAAUCGCGCCGGCCUGGCUGUGCAGCCUGCCGUCUUGACUCCUGGCGGCAAAGGCGCUCUACGCCUCGACAUCGCCGCCGCGGCGGACACCAAGGCUCCGCAGGCUUGCCGAUCCGCCGGCAUGAUCCGCAGCUACUCGAUGCCCGUCGCCACGCAAGACGAGCACGACGAGCAGCAGCGCAUCAUGGCGCUCGGCCUGUCGCCCAUCGGUCGCUACGCUGCCAACCCGGCGUGGUGGCAGUACGGCUGGCCCUCGCCUGGUGGCGUCAACCACCGUCAUCUGCACCGUGCGCCCGUGCCAGAGAUGCUCGGUCAACGUCGCGGCUCGGCCCAAUCCAAGCUCGCCGCCGUUGUGGCGCCUGCCAUGGGACCCUCGCCGCGCUCGUCAUCGCCCGUGUCGCCGCGACCUAGCAGCCGCUCCAGCAAGACUCACUCGAGCUGCUCGCCCAAAAGCAAGUCCAAGCAUCUCCCUGCCAUUCACCAGCAGACGUUCUCGCGCGCCGCCGCCGCUGCCGCCGCUGGAGCGUCGUCGUCGGCAUCGUCGUCACCCAAGGUCGGUCGUUCGCCGCUGUCGAUGAUCUCGACCAACCUGCCUGCAGUCGAGCCGCACGCGCCCGAGCCCGCCGAGGCGGCGUUCGACAUUGAGAUGGACGCUCUCAACCAGCGCUUUGCGCAGUGGUCGCGCGAGGCGGCGCCCGGCAUCGGCCUCGACGAGGACUACUUCAACCUGGCGCACGACGGCGGUGUGCUGGAUGCGCGCUUCCAGCCCGCCGGCGCUGGCUCGGACUCGUCUGACGAGGCACGCACGCCGCGCGCCGCCUCGCCGCGCCUGCACGCCAAGCCGUCGCUGCUGCUCGACACGCUCGACUUUGUCCACCCAGACCACCUUGCCGGUGGCUCGGAUUGA